AUGGAGAACGGGUCAACUGACAAUAUAGCGGGUCCGGAGCCCCAGGUCUAUCGGACUGAGCAGCCCCCCUUGACAGGCGAUGAGUUGUCAACUACAACUUCGUCCCAUGGCGUUACAUCCGCGCCAGAAUCUAAGAACUCUCGCCAAUCAUCGUCGAAAAGACGUGGGAAAUGUCGAUACUUUGCGAGUAAGAAGGGUUGCCGCGCUGGUGCUCAGUGCCCGUACACUCAUGAUGCCGCAGCUGGCGAGCAAAAUGUGACUCCAGCCGAUCAGCAGUCUGGAUCUCAUGCUCCGAUCAGUACCGGCCAGAAUCCAGACCGCAAUGUAUCGAGUGGAGCUCAGAAUAAGAUUUCCGGUGACCUCCAAUCUAAACAGACAACAACCCUUUCACAUGCCAAUCAGCCUCAAAGGCCCGUUUCAAAGGUCGAGCAAAAGGACCCGAGAGAGUUUCAGCUAAACCAAUUGCGACGACGUUUCCAGCCAAAGGAAACAAAAGACGACAAUGAAUCUAUUCUAGAAUUUGGGCUGCCUCCGUCCGAUCCAGACUUUCCGUUUGAGUUGGAUAAGCUGCAAUGUGUGCUGCAUGUCCCAAUGGCAUACCCUGCCACAGGAAGACCCUCACUUACAGUAACUAACCCUGAAAUGGAACCUGCAUAUCAAGCGAACGUCGCGAGAGGCUUCAAUGAUAUUGUGGAUCAUACGUUAAGGACAGGUGGCCGUGGAACGCUACUUAAUUGGCUAAACAAUCUUGAUAGGCAGCUAGAGAGGCUUCUCACCACUCUCGAGCAAGGCCCCAAGCUCAAAUUCGUGUCUAAUAUUGGCAAUGGAACUAGCAGCAAAGGACCGGAGUCAACAAAGCCGGUGUCUCGUAUGGAAUCCGAAUUGACGAUACUGCCAAAACCAGCAUCAACUAGUGCUCCGAAAGCAACACCAAAGCCUCCUGUUUUAGUGAAAACCUACACAGCUGAGCAAAAGGCGCAAGCUGAAAAGCGAAGAGCAUUAGAGACGAAGCAACUCGAGGCUCGCCUUGGUAGACUUCCAUUAUUUCAGAAGCGAUCAGAUGGUGUUUUCGUUGUUCCGAUUCAAUCCACCAAGAAAGAUCGCCUGCCUGGUUCACUCCAGACUAUGAAAACAGUGAAACUUCUGGUGCCUUCGCUGUAUCCACUUGAACAUUCCGCAAUUGAGAUACAAGGUAUUGAUAGCCCAGAGGCGAGAUCUGUGGAGUCUGGCUUUGCACAAUGGGUGGAGAAAAACUCCCAGUUGAACCUGGUCUCGCAAAUCAAUUACUUGGCUAGUAAUAUACACAACUUUGCCAAGACACCUUUGCCUGAAGUUGCUGAGCAAUCGCAACAUGAGUAUCCUCAGACGACCAUUGAUACAGAGUUACCCGAGCAAGAAAAGCCCAACUCUGUGCUGGAAGUCGAAGACCCAGAUCGGCCACAUCUGCACGUCAUUCCACGCCCGCCUGAGUGGUCUUUCCAAGAAAACGAAAGCGGUAGCGACCUGUCAGAAUCCAGUUUUGAAGAAUCCGAAGACGAGGACGAGGACGAUGAAGACGACGAAGGCGCAAGUGAAGGAGGUGCACCCGUUCCUAUCACAGCUGAUACACCUGGGCGAGGUGUCGCCCUGUCCUUUCCCUUCCUAGAGCUUUAUGGAAUCGAGCUUCUGGAGAUUUUGCAUCUUGCCAUCACGGUCAAAUGUGAAAGAUGCAAGGAGUCUAUGGAUAUCAAGAAUGUUCCUAAUAUUACGGACCCGAAGAACGCACCUAAAACCGAAUCUUGCAGAAAAUGUGCCAAUUCUAUGAGCAUUGGUUUCCGCAAGCAAUUGAUGCACUCGCAUGCUAAUCGUGCUGGAUAUCUGGACUUGGAUGGCUGCACCAUCGUGGACCUUCUUCCAAGCAACUUUAUCCCAACCUGUUCUGAGUGUUCCACGCCAUACCAUGCUCCUGGAGUAUCUGCAGUUCGCGGAGAGAGUGCUAUGGCGAUAUGCAGACAUUGUCACCGGAAAAUGGUCUUCAAGGUUCCUGAAGUAAAGUUUCUGCUCGUUGGAAGCGCUGCAAAGAGGUCCUCGGGAUUGUUGCAGGUCAAGAGCUUCCACGACGUGGUCGUUGCCAACAUUACACAAAAAGUUACCGUUGGUUUAGAUUCAGCUGUUGCGCUAAGGUCUUUCCUUGCGACAGACCAUCCGAAUGAACACGCAAAUCGUAUGAUUUGUGGCUUCUGUUCUCGCGAACAAGUCUACCGACCCGAGAAUUGCGGUAUUUGCAAGGCAGUGCUUAUUGGCAAAGCUGGACGUGGGUUCUGGGAAGGAGGUAAAGGAACGAGAAAUCCUGCUUUGAUGAGCAGAAAAGACCCUCGGAAAUACAAGCGUCGCGGAGCGAAUCCGCCUGGUGGAUCGUCGAAGAAGAAAUAG